AUGCGAGCCAUCUCGAUGCGGAAGACGUUGCAACGAGCUGCCAGGCUUUGGCGCUUGCGACCUCCAGCUUUGAGCUGGGAGAAGCGGGCACGCCUUUACGACGCCUCCAGCCCGACAGAUGCCUUCGACGUGUUCCUGUCCCACACCUGGCUGACAAGUGGGUGGUUGAAAGCCUUGUCGUUACUCAUUCGAUUCGGCUGGCCGACUCUUUUGCUCGGAUGGCUUAUCGGUGCAGCUAUAUCCUUUCCUCUCUGUUUGACAGGGAUUCUGCCUCAGUUCAGAGGCACGCGCGUGGUUUUGGAUUCUGAACCUGAGAUUCCAGAUGGCUAUUGGGUCCUCAUCUUCUCCACUGCUGGCGCCUUGUUGGGCCUCCUUGCGUUUCCUUACUUGCCCAGCCGUUCGGAUCGAUGCUUCUUGGACUUUGUGUCUAUCAGCCAGACCAACGAGCGGCUCAUGCAAGGGGGGAUCGACAACAUCGGCAACUUCCUGGCGGCCACCGCUGAACUGCGGGUUCUUUGGAGCGAGCCCUACCUGACGAGGAUUUGGUGCAUCUUCGAGCUUGCGGCAUUCCGCAAGAUGAACCCGAAGGGAAAGAUCCGCGUGGUACCGCUCCGGGUCGAUGCGGCUUGUGGCCGGGUGUUUCUCUUUGCUUUGUUAGUUGCUAUUUUUUACCCAUCCAUUCGUGGCGGUUUCCGGUCCCGCAGUGUUUGGUUUCUCGCUGUCGUCUCCUUCGUCUUCUUGGCCUUCGGUGUUGCGCUGGUCCGCGUUGUCGUGCAGUGCCAACGAUGCGUGCAGAAGAUGAUGUUCCAGCUGUCUACGUUUGAUGUCACAACAUUGCAGUGCAGCAAGCAGCGGGACAAGGAAAGCAUCCACGCGGCGAUCGUGCAUUGGUACGGCAGCUUGGACGCCUUCACCGCUCACGUGCGCGGGCCCUUCCGCAUCGAGGUGCUGACGCUCAUGCGAUCUGAGGGUAUCAUUCCCUUCGGCUACAUUCUGGUCGGUUUGGCCUCUGCUGCUGCUUUGCCGCUGGGGAACCUGAACUCUAUGUUGGUUGUGGGUGCCUCCUGGGAAAGCUGGCUGAUCUAUGCCCUGGCCUUUCUGGUGACCUUGGACAUGAUUUGGUUCCCCUCCGCGACUUUCCUGGCCAUCACGGCCUGCGAGUAUGUGAUCUGGUCCGAGCAGAAGUACAAGCUGUGUAGGUACUCGGCGAUCGGCGUGAUGUUUGCCUUCCUCAUGCUCGCAGGCAUCGUUGCUUCUUCCUUGGCGCUCAGCUCAUGGGUCGGUGUCUUGUCGUGGCUGUGCGUGGCUACGGUCUUCGCCGGCUUCUCCUGGCGGAUUUCAAAGGCUUCCGCGAUGGCCUCCACGGAACUCGAAAGGCGUCUCGAUCUGUGA